UAUUCUCAAAUAAUUUUGUUGACGUUUUAUACUUAGGUGUCUUUCAAAAUAAAUUUUUCGAAAAUGUAAUCUAAAAUUUAUUAUCUUCCAUAGGAUGUAUCUAACAAAGAGUGUAACAAAAAUUUUAUGUGAAGUACUGAUUAUUACGUGAAUUCUUGAAACAUUGAACUACUUGACCUAUUCCAAUCAUGCGAUUCAAUAAACAAGAGCUAGUGACAUUGGCUACACAGCCAUCAACCAAGUUUGAAAAAGAGGGCAUUUUGUACAUACGUGAACGACAGGAAGGAUUUUUUAGGAAAUCAGAAAUAAGCUUAGAGAGGUGGUGUCGCCUCAGAGGGAACCUCUUGUUCUACUUCAAAAAUAGAGAUCCAUGGUCGGAACCGUUGGGUGUUAUUGUCCUGGAACAAUGUCAAGUAAGGGUUGAUCCUCCAAUGGCGUCUCCUCCACUGACUGCUGAAGGACACUAUCCUUUUUAUUUAGUUUUUGAUGGCGGGCUGAGUCAGGCUUUAGCUUCGACUUCAGAUAUAGAGCGUUCCAGUUGGAUGGACUGUAUAAGGCAAGCUAGCUAUGAGGGUAUUAGAGCUGAAUACAAUGCUCUAAGACAGUGUAUCGAAAGGAGAAGGAACCACAAACCAAAUAUCGACUUACAUACGUGGAGGUUGCAGCAAACACAUGUGUUUGAUAUAACUGAGGUUCCACUCUGUGAAAUUUCUUUAGCAUGUGAUAAUUUACUCUGUGAUGGUCAUGGUAGACCCCCUAACCCGUCUUUGGUAGUAGACGUUUAUAUGCCAUCUUCCAAAUUUUGGGUCCAAUACGGAAGAACUGAGAUAAUUGAGAGGAGCAGCAACCCUGGAUUUCUCAGUACAGUGAGCUUUCGUGCCUCUGACGGUCUUUCGGGGGAGACGCGCGUCAGAUUCACAGUGUUCGAUGUCAGGGAGAGGGUCUCGCAUACUGCCGUACCUCUCGGAUCAGCUUGUGUUCUUUUGAGUGCCAUACAGGAUUCAGCUCGUCUCCGCAUCCCCCUGCUGUCCAGAACGCAGGCCACGGCCGGUUUUUUGACAGUAAGCGCUUGGUCACUCGAAGUGGAAGACAGAGGAAGCAGUACGGAACAUACACCUUGUCGAAUGUCUUCUCAUAAUAAUGCUCAGGGUUCUGUUUUAGGUCCCCUGUUAUAUCUUAUAUACGUGAAUGACAUUUCUAAUGAAAAUUGUACAAUGUAUGCAGACGACACCUCCCUCAUAGCUACAGGAAGCAAUAUAGAGCAAACAGUCUUGAAGACCAAUGAAGAAAUCAAAAUAUCUGAGGAAUGGUUCUCUUCAAAUGGAUUAGUUUUGAACAUGGAUAAGACAACGUUCAUAAGAUUCAGUCAAUCAAAUAAUAAACUCGACCACAGCUUGUUGUUAAAAUCUAACAGCAGAACUAUCACUCAAACACCUUCCACGAAGUUCCUUGGGCUCGAUAUAUGGAUUCUGCAGGAAAAAGAACUACUACAAGAGGUCGCUGGGAUGGGGGAACUCAGAGAACCUUGGCACUCACGACAAGUAGAAUUAUUGGAUCGUCACUUGCACCUGCUUCGACUAUAUUCACAAGCCAAGGAAAAUUUGCUAGCGCACAAGGGCAGUCUCUUCAAAGCCAGUUCUCGCAAAGGCGACAGGAGUUUAGAGUUCGCUCCGAUAAACCUGCACCUGCAAAGGAUGUGGGUGCACAAUGAUACCCUCAACAAAUCCGGUUUUUAUGAUUGGAUCACCGUGGGAGCUUUCACAGCUCAUUCCCACAAGUCGAAGAAUGGUGGUUUGAUUAGAUUAGUUCAGCAAUUGAAAGAAUCGCCGAGUAAAUCUAGCUCAAAUUAUCAGAUCACAACGAAAAUUUCUAUGGCCAAUGAUGCUAUACAGAAAAAAAUAUAUUUUUUUGGUAAAACCCUGAUGCGACUGGCCAAAGAAAAACAAACCAACGGAAUGUUACCAAUCUGCGAGGAUAUGAUCAGUAAAACCAGAAUCCUUCUGAGUCUUUGGGACCCGGGCUUGGUCGAGGAAGCCUUGAAUUUCAUCGAACAGUACAAACUAAUUGUGAACGAGGAUUCGGGUGUUGGGGAAGACUUAAGUUUGGAAAGUGGCGGCCGACCGAGUUUGAUUUUAUCUCCGUUCAAACGAAUCACACAGCAACUCACAUCACUGGAUUUGAAGAGUCCGGAUCUGGAAGAUUUCGCAACUCCGUGUACUCCCAUGAAUGUGGAAGAUAUCUGGAAGGUGUCCAAUCAGAGUCGAGAUAAUAACCGUAUUGAUAGUUCACAAAGUAGGGAGACCAAACAAAAUACAAAUUUUCAUAUGUUUAUUAAUUUUCAAGAUAUUGGAAACAAUAAAUUGAUGGAUAAUUCUUCAGAAAUCACUGAACCAAGUAGCCUCACCAGCAACACGAAUAAUACAGAGCCUAGAUCUCUAGAACCUGACACCGGUCGCCGAUUCCUCGACACCAAUGUCAUGUGCAACUCUCCGUCUGCCAACUACUACAAACCCACAGACGAACCGGAACCUUGGGACAUCACCCAACUGAACAUAGAAGCCAGCGUUAUGUGUUUGGUCAGCAAAGUCAAGUUCCUUUGCGGUAGAUGUAACAGCCCUGCAGUACGCUUGAAGCAGAACGCACGGAACGUCAAGAGGAACGUGAUAACCGAUCAGCCUAGCGGGGGAAAUAUUAUCAAUAAGGAAGCAGAGGCCGUGUCGAAAGCAGUGAAUAAAGUUGUGAGAAAUGGUAACAAAUUCACCGAUGGCUUAGAUUUGAACAAAAUAAGCGACUGGUCUGCCGAGUUGAGACCGAGUAUGAGGAAGUUGAGGCAAGCAAUGGAUGGACUCCUAAAAACAGCCAGGUUGACACACUCUGUAUUCAGAGUGCAGGAAGAUCCUAAAGCGGCACAAAGGGUAUGCAAUGUGAGAUACAGGCGAGAUGUUUGUUUUUCUCAGGCAUUGACAUCUUUGGUGGCGGGUUUAAUGACCCGUCUAUGGUGUCACAAACCAGAUCCAGCAUUUGUGGCCAUGUUGAACGCUCUGGGACCUUUGGCUUCUUUCGAAGGUCUGCUGAGCUACUACGGAAACGAGAUAGACAUGUGGGGCGACAUGUCCGUAGCGAUUGAAGAUUUGAGGACAGUAUUAUUCAUUCUGGUGAGGAGCCCUAGCCCAGCCACCGAACCGCAUCCGAAUCCAAAAGUCAGUGGAACGAGAAAUUCCCUCACAGUUUCUCUUCCGGUUCCUGACACAGUGUACAGCUUGAUUCCCACUAGACAGACACUAUCAUUUCAUGUUACACCAGUGUUUUUCAACAUAGGAAUCAAUGAAAUGGCGACUAUAGCUGAAGGUAUAGGCGCCACUAGGCCACAGGAGAGGUCUAACGUAGACAAUUUUGAGAGGCUGAAUGAGUAUUAUUUGAGAUAUAGGAAACUGAAUAUUCCAGAUAAAAAUGCGUUCGCCAGCAGGAUGUCUGCUUGCUCGCCCCAGCUGAGAUCGCUGAACGAUUUGAUAGAAAAUCUUAGGACAUCUGUACAUAGUUCCAAAGCCAAAAAUGUCGAGAUAUUACAUUUAGCUGCACAAAUAUGUAGGCAAAUUAACGGAAUAAGAUUCACAAGUUGUAAAAGUGCCAAAGACAGGACUGGUAUGUCAAUAACUCUGGAGGAAUGUUUAAUCCUAGCCGACGAAUACCAUUUAGCUGAACACGAAUUUCAGAAAGCAUUGGACUGUUUGAGGAGCGAGGGAUGCCGAAGAGAAAAUACUUUGAAGAAUAUUGGCAUCAGUAAAUACGCUUUCAACUCUAUGCAACUAUUAGCAUUUCCCAAGCUUUAUAGACCACCUCCAGGAACAUACGGUUCUGCACAGAGUUAGGAAUAAAUACAGGAUCUUCUCAAGGUGCCAAUUACAUCUAAUAGUCAUGUUUUAUUUACUUAAAUGUUGAUACUAAUUGUUGAAUAUGUUAUUUUCUAGUUACAUAUUAAUAUAUUUUUUAUUUAUGUCACUUAUUUACAUAUUUCAUUUAUUUAACAGAAAUUUGUAUAGAAAGCUGGGACAAUCCCUCUAAAUAAAAACAAUUAUUUAUUAAAA